GUGGCCAGGUGGGCUGGAUAAAUAACCAAGAAAGGGAGGUCAGGGGACAUUGAUUGGAGAUACCAUGGCGUCGGAGCAUGAGGGCGGCUGCGUCAUCAUCGACGGCAAGGCCAUCGCCGGCACCAUCCGCAGCGAAAUUGCCAAGGAUGUGCAAGAUCUCUCCCAGAAAUACGGCAAAGUGCCUGGACUUGCUGUUAUAAUUGUUGGGACCAGGAAAGACUCACAGAGCUAUGUGAGCAUGAAGAAGAAAGCAUGUGCUGAGGUUGGCAUUAAGUCAUUUGGUGUUGAUCUACCAGAGGAUGUAUCAGAAGAAGAACUAAUAGAGAAAAUUCACGAGUUUAAUUCCAAUCCUGAUGUGCAUGGCAUACUUGUGCAACUUCCACUGCCUAAACAUAUAAAUGAGGAGAAAGUCCUGGCUGAAAUCAGCAUUGAGAAAGACGUUGAUGGAUUUCAUCCUUUAAAUAUUGGUAAACUUGCAAUGAAGGGAAGGGAACCCUUAUUUCUACCCUGCACACCAAAGGGGUGCCUUGAAUUGUUAUCCAGGAGUGGCAUCCCGAUAAAAAACAAGAGGGCAGUAGUAGUUGGGAGAAGUAACAUCGUUGGGCUACCAGUGUCAUUGAUGCUUCUCAAAGCUGAUGCAACUGUGACAAUUGUCCACUCCCGUACUCAAGAUCCUGAAAAAAUUGUUCGUGAAGCAGACAUUGUCAUAGCUGCUGCAGGGCAGGCAAUGAUGAUCAAAGGUAACUGGCUCAAACCUGGUGCAGCAGUCAUUGAUGUUGGAACAAAUGCUGUUGAUGACCCAUCUAGGAAAACUGGCUAUCGUCUAGUUGGUGAUGUUGAUUUUGAUGAAGCAAAGAAGGUGGCAGGAUGGCUGACCCCUGUUCCUGGCGGUGUUGGUCCCAUGACUGUUGCUAUGUUGCUCAAGAAUACUUUGGAAGGUGCCAUACGCAAAAUCAAGAUCUGAUGAAGGAGAGUAUGCUUGCCAAGCAAAUUCAAUGUUUUUAUAACCCUGCAUUCAUUUCCUUUGUCUCCUUGUCAUGUAGUUUUAAUUUCCCUUUAGAGACAUGUUAUUGUCAACGCAUCUUGGAAAAGCAGAGGAAGAUGUUACGUUUUGCGCUUCUGUACUGUAGCUAUGCAUGAGGUCAACUGGUGGAUGUUGUUAGCAUGUUAUAUUUAUUGAUGGCAAAGCUUAUGAUUCCAGGUUCACUGAAAAUGAAGUGUUUAAUACAUUGGAAGGGUGUGACUCAGCAGUCAGCAUUAAGGUGUCACUUUGACAUUCUGGAAGUAAUAAAUUUGAGUUCUUUGCUUCGUUAGUGUA